AUGGGGGUGGAAGCCACGCCUACGCCUAGUCCUUCGAUGAUGGAAAGAGAACCGCCUUACGGCGACCUAUCCCAAGAAACGCAAGUAAUAUCAACAGACUAUGAGGAAGAAGAUGAAGAAACAAUAGAGCCGUUCAGAGAGAAAAAUCUAAGGGUGUUCGUCAACGUGACCAGCGAAGAAUUUAGCGAGAGCUCUUAUAACACUAUGGAUUUCAACAUUUUGCUAUGUGAAAGCUUUGAGGAUUUGCUCACAUCGUAUUUCCAAGAUUUCAGAAUUGAAGGAGCCGAUAAGCCAUGGAAAGCGUUUAUGGGCGACUGGAUAAUGGAUGAGAUCAUGCGAGCGUACGGCAUCGAGUACGAUGGGAAACCCAACAGUUGCUGCUAUGUACUUGUCAAGAUGAAUAAGGUCAAUCGUACUGUCAAAGUUGGAAAUUUAACAGAUAUUGCAAUAAAAGACUACGUAAACAAAGCAAUCGAGAACCUUAACAUCAGUGACGCAAGCGCCGUGAGAAAAUUUAUGAAGAGCUACGGAACACAUUACAUCGACUCAUACGUUACAGGGGAUAGCAUCUAUCAGGUAUUCAAGUACAAGCGUUCAGGGUACAACUUCUUGAGAUCCAAACUUCGCUCAAACCGAAAAGCUUUCCAGGAUAAUUUGAGGUUCUAUUUCUCUUCAUACUUCCUCAAGGAAGUUGGUGAGAUUAGACUUGCAAGCGGCAAUAAGACAAUAGAAACUUGGGCUCAUCAAAAUCUACGAGAUAGCCAAUAUUUGUACUCCAGACCUAGUCUUCUAAGAUUACACUAUAAUCCUUACUUAGCCUCUAAACUGAACGAUUUGUUAGACAAUUCUGCUUUAAUAAGCAUAAAUCUUAAAACUUUAAAACCGUUGUUUAAAGAUAAAUAUAAGGCAGAAAUGUACGCCGAAAUUGUAGAAAACGACAUGAAAUUAUGGGAAAUUAACGUCUAGGACUAUUUUGUAAGUAGGUAAAAUAUUUUUUAUUCCAAAUACAGGCAUUCUUUUAUUUCAAUAUAGUUAUUUCAAUGCUGUAUUGUUACGUUCAAUUCUCACUAAAAAGCCGAAAUUUGUAAAUUGUAAUAAGUACAAUAAAUAUUUGAUACAACUUCAAGACACGUCGCGAUGUUCGACUUUUCAGUGAGAAUUGACCCUUAGUCAAAGACGUCAAAACUCAGUACAAUGACGUAGGUGCAUAUACGAGUAGUAGCUAAAAUAGAUCUCUUUAAACAAUAAAUACGUCAAAACGUUAACGAUCCUAAUUUAAUACGUUAUCAAUCGUUAAUAACGUUUGGUUCAAUAUUUUACACACUUCUAGAGAAUAUAACGGUAGGUGGCAGUUAUUUAUUAACUUAAUCGUUGAUUGUACAGGAAAAAUCGACAAUAACAUUUGAAGCAAACACUGACAAAAGGUUCUGCGUAUUUCUAAACGAAAUUUCUUCCUGCAGACCUAAGGAGGUACAGGACACAAUACCUAAAAUAACGUGCUUACGUGCACAACAAAAACUAAAUUAUGUAAUACAAAAACAUUAACAUAACAUUAAACAAUAUAAAUAAUUAGAUAAAUACAUGUUUCAUUUAUAAUACCUAAGAAAUUAAUGGAAUAGUGGAUAAAUAACGCUCCUUAACCUACAUUUCUAAAGUCUAACGACAUGAACUGUGAAGGAGAACGGUACCAAAAUAUUAAGAGACUGUUCUAACGAAUCAACUGGGCGUUCUAACUAAAUACAGAAUUUUAAAAGUAUGUAAAAUGUAAACAAAAUUUGAAAAUUCUAUCAUAAAUGUGCUCCGUCAUGAGUAUGACGGAGUGUAUGAGUAUACAGGAAGUAACCAACAAAUAAAAGUGGACAAGACAAUUCAAGUGGUAUGAAGUAUGUUACUAACAAUCUCCAUCAACAGUACCUGGGGUUUGGACCGUUGUAACCAUAGAUAUGAGAAAUAGCAUAAUAUCUAACACAAGUACGAUAACUCCAUACAAAGUAGCAGCACGGCUUAUAUGUGUGCACGCCCGCGCCGCUCGCUUUGUACCGACGCACACAUUCGUUAUAUUCGCUGUGCACUCGCGUUGCUUAGCGCAAGUCGUCUCACGCGCCAUUUAUUAUAGGAUUGAAGCUGUCACCCGAUGUCGACAUCAAAUAGUAAACGUGUUAUUGUUGUGUUUGAGGUUGUUUGAAUAAGAGUGAACAAAUUCAGGACUGUUCAGCAUUUCAUUUUUUUUCAUAAUCGUACUAUGACUAUGGAAGUCAAAAUACCAACCCGCG